UGCAGGGAAUCUUAACUCCAAAAUAUUUCAAUUUUAAAAACUUUCGGUUUCUGUUACAUUGAUUCCAUUAAAUACAGUCUCAAUUUCAAAACCUUGUUGUUCAUUCAUUCAAUCACAAAAAAAAAAAAAAAAAUAAUGGAGGAGGAACCACACAAUCAAAGCACACCCAAGCGCAGGAAAACAGAGAAAAAAGAACAAAGUUCCCCUGUGACAGAGAAGAAGAAGAAGAAUUCCCCUGCAAAACGACUCACUCCAAGGAAGAGUAACUCCAAGAAUAGCACGCCUAAGAAAAAUGGAUCGGUUGCCAAUUCACCCAAUUCUGCAUGGAAGUUCGACUUGAAGUUAGAGGCAAAAUUAUCGGCUGAGGAAGAUUCUAGGGUGUAUGCAGGACUGAAAAUACAUCCGUUUUUUUCAUUGUGGAAGGUAGAGAAGAAAAAUCAGGAGGAGGAAUGUAGUUUAAUCCCUACUAAGAGGGAAGGGAGAGGAGUUACAUGUGAUUCUAUUCAUGUAUUUGAAAAUGUUCAGGAUGAUGUUUCACCCCUUGACUGGAGUGGUUGGACAUUUUUGAAUGAUACCACCACUGCGGAGUUUGGUCCAACAAGUUUAAAUUUAUGUUUUGUUGAAUCCUUAAAUUUUGAUAACUUUCCUGAUGCUUUAAAAUCCUCAAGCACUUCAAUUUCUCAGAAUGUCAUGUCUUGCUCAGAUCAACUUUUUAAACAGUCAGAUAAUAUGCUGGAAAUAUCACUAACAAAUUCAGCUGGCCUAGCUAAUGAGCGAGCAAUAUGUCCAUCAAAGCUAGAAGGUGUCAAGGUGGACCUGGACUUGGAGGGGAAUGAAAUCAAUACUUUUUCAGGACAUAAGAACAUUUUCAGAAAGUCAGAUACUGAGCCACAAAGUAAAUUUCUUCAAGAAAGUAUGAGGUCUUACUACCAUAGUUGUGAAAGUAAAGCUAAGAGCAGUUUAUGGAUACAUAAAUACAAACCAACAAAAGCUUUUGAGGUGUGUGGUAACGAAGAGGCUGUGAAUUUCUUGCGUGACUGGUUACACCUUUGGCAUAAAAGACGUUAUGAAUGCAGCAAAAAGGAUUCGUCUAAUAGGGAUAGUCAAAGGCAAGAUGAUGACAAUCAUAUCUAUUCUGACAGUGACCAUGCUUCAGAAGUUAUUGAUGAGAAGGAUUCCCUACAGAAUGUUCUUCUGAUUACAGGACCAAUUGGGAGCGGCAAGUCUGCAGCUGUUUAUGCUUGUGCCCAAGAGCAAGGGUUUGAGAUUUUAGAGAUCAAUACAUCAGAUUGUCGAAAGGGGGCUGCUGUCAAGCAAAAUCUUGGAGAGGCUCUUAAAUCACAUGCGGUGAAAAGUUUACUGGAUCAAACUCUAAGUUCACAUAAGAAAAAUGAGCAGUUGCUUCCGGCUCCUGCUUUACCUAAUGGUAUAGCAGUUGAGGAGACAGAUGAUGGGAUGAUUGAACCGAUAAUCAUUUCCGAUGAUGAAGCCCAUAGUCCUGGUGGAACAUCUCCAAGGUUACAUGGAAAAUGUGAUGUACUUACAAGCGAUAGUGUCCAGAGUUUAAUUCUAUUUGAGGAUGUGGACAUCCUUUUUCCUGAGGAUAGCGGAUGUAUAGCUGCCAUACGACACAUUUCUGAGACAGCAAAAGGGCCAAUUAUAUUGACCACCAAUAGUAAUAAUGCUGGCCUACCAGUUAGUUUCGCAAGACUACAUAUUUCUUUUUCAUUGCCAUUGCCAGAUGAGUUGCUUUGUCAUAUGUACAUGGUUUGUGUCAUGGAAGAAGUCAACAUCAAUCCUCCUUUACUGAAAAAGUUUGUCCAGUCGUGUGGUGGAGAUAUUCGUAAAACCAUUAUGCAACUUCAGUUCUGGUUCCAGAGUAAAAAAUACAGCAAAGACAGGAAAGCGCGGAAGGUGUACGGCUCACUUUCUUUUGAUCUCGAGGCUUGUCAUCAGAUAGUACCAAAGAUACUACCCUGGAAUUAUCCCUCGGAUUUAUCCAAUCUAAUUGAGAAGGAAGUUGCUAGGUCAAUAACCAUAAUGGAGGAAAACUCAUGCUUGCAGGAGUUAGUUAAUAAAGAUCUAGACAUAAAUGAAGGGAAAAAUGAUUUAGAUGAGCCAUGUAUGAAGACUGGUUAUUCAGAGACCAAGGUAGAGAGGAUCAAGAGAUCUCCUGCAUGCAGUGAGUUUGAAAGUCAAUAUAAUGCUGUUUAUGGGCUUUCAAAUUGUUCUGGAUUCCCAAUAACAUCUUCUGGGAAAAAGGAUCAAAGUAAAGUCAUGGUGAUGGCCUCUGAUUGUAAGGUGAUGGAUCCAAAUAAUGGACAUACUCAAGAUGUUCAUGAUGACUCUUACAAGAGACAUUCCCAUGAAAGCAACAGUCAAAUUCCCUGUAAGUUUGAAUUGAAUCAAACCUACCCCAGCACAUUAUUUAAAAAACUGGUUUGUUCUAGUUUGGAAGAUUCAGAGGAAGAAUGGUAUAAGUAUAGUGAUGCAUGCUUAAAUGAAACACAUAAAUCAUUUGAUAUACCCUGUUUUCCAGGAUCAACAUUCGUUCCUGAGACAGCAAUUCAAAAUGGAAUGAAGUCCAUGUCUGGACCAGUUUUUGGUUGUCAUGCUGGUCCACUAGAAGUUCCUCUGAAUAAUGAGCAAACACCGUUCACUCUUGGUGUUUGUCAGUCCUCAUACAAAUUGCCACAAAAUUCUUAUUUAUUGGAAAAUACUGAAAUUCAUAUACCUUCUCUGAAAACAGCUGUGCAAGAUUUCAGAGAUGAGAACUUGGAAACCACAGCUGUGUGUAAUGUGAUGGAUGAUUGUGGUCAUGCUGAUUCUAAAUUGAAGUCAAAGAUUGUUGAGUCCAGUCCAUCUAUGGCAACGGAUAUGGUACAAAAUUUGUGGAGGGAACUUCGUGUUUGUCAAAAGGAUUUAGGACAGCAUGCCAACCCAGAACAGCAGGGUGUUGUUGAAGUUGUUAAACUUACUAGUGGGCUGACCAAUCUAAUUUCUGAAGCUGACUUACUGUUUCGUAAUCACCAACAAAAUCAAAAUGGUAUCAUGGAGCCUCCAAUGUCCCUUCAUGAUGAAGUCACGUUUAGUUGGUAUGAUGAGCAGAUGAUGAUGUCUACUAUUGCUGAACAUGGUUUUUGUUUAUAUGCCAAACACAUAUCAGAUGUGGGAUCUAAGUUCGGUUGUAAGAACGAGGUAGAUCUAACUUCAGAGAUGUUGGAUUGCACUACUAAUGUUAUGGCACUGGGAAAAUUAUCUAGACAGGACUACACAAAAAGCACAGGUAUCCAUGCCAAAAAGCAAUUAGAGAUGAACAACCCAACAAAUGAUAUGAAGAGAAAAUCUUUGUCCAAGGUGAUACAGUCUAUUACACCUGCGAGAUCAUCAUUGGCAAUGAAAGGUCUUGCAUUCAAUGAAUAUAUAUCUUCACUGCGCCAAAUUUCAAUUUCGGAAGGUUCCCGUAUUUCACAUGGUUCUGGAAAGAUGAGAAAAGGAAGGCGAGGUGCUCUACAUUAUUUGAGCAGAGGUUCAAUGAUGUCUCCAGAAGAUAUAUUAUUGGUGUGUGAAGGUGAUUUAUACAGAAAGAUAUCUUCGGAAUGUACAGCUAACAUGGAAAGCAAUGGUACAUGAUUAUACUUUGGAGCGUAGAUUUAAUUCAAGAAUAAAGUCGUUUGUUCUUAUGAAAUAAAGCAUUGGUGAUUUAUUUUCGCCUAUGAUUUAUGAUCAUAGGCUUAGAUUGGAAGAUAAAACAGCAAUAGGACUAGCACAGAGCUAGAAAUUGUAAAAAAAUAAUUAAUUGUAGGCAUGCUAUCUGUUGUUGAAAUAAUCUUUUUUUUAUCUAGAA